AUGCCUCGACCUGCAACACACCCAGGGAAUGUUAACAAGCAUCCUGGACAGAUAGUUCUUGAAGCGAGUUGUGUAGCACACCCAAAGGAUGUAAUUGCAGCUGAAAAGAAAAAGGUGUCAGCAGAGAAAUUAGCCAAGGCAACCACCUUGGAAAAUGCUCAAAAGAAGGUUGCUGCAACGGAAGAUGCUAUGGCUGUCGAGCAGAUGGCUCAAUGUGCUGGCCCAGGACACCUUGUCAGACCAAAGCCUAAGCCGCGCCCAGUGACCAAGGCAGCACCUACUGCAAACUCUGACAAGAUGUAUAAGCCUUACGCAAUACAAUGCUGUUGCAAGACUCACCAGUCCUUUGACAUUUAUACAGCUGUUGAGGCAAAAACGGUGUCCCAAAGCACUGACACCCCAAAGAAGAAAUAUCCAGGCUUGAAAUUCACCUUCAAGGAUGGUGUCAAUGCCAGUCAAAAGGUGUCCAACAAUGGUACAUCAUCUACAACAUGUGUUGUACUAAGUGCAGGCAGGGGGAGUGACAGUGGGAAAAAUAGAAGGUCGCUGGGAUUUGAACAAGCCAUAUCGUCAGAGGAGGUGGAAGUAGGGAAGUGGGCUAGAAGUGUGGCAUUGAAGUCCCAAUGGAAGCCAUCUGCACCACCAAGUGCACGUGCCAGUGUGAUUGCAAGCAGGGAUGCGGAUGUAUCUGAAGAUGAAAACCUACCUGAAGAUUGCAAUGAGAGUAUAGCUGUGGGUCGGGGUGGUCAGGAAAAGGUCAAAAUUUAUCUGGCAUUUAAUCUGCCUAAAAAUGAUGAAACAAGAUCAUGA